AAAAGAGGUUUGAGGCGGUCGCGGUCAUUCCAAUGGAGGUUGUGGCAGGCCUGGAGAUUUUCACAACAUUCCCGGGGCGACGCCUCGUACUCGCGCACGGCGCUCUAUGAGCUGCUCGACGUCCCCACCACGGCCACGCAGGCGCAGAUCAAGGCCGCCUACUACCGGCAGAGCUUCCUCUACCACCCGGACCGCGACUCGGGGAGCGCCGAGGCCGCCGAGCGCUAGCGCAUCUCCCAGGCCUACGUGGUGCUGGGCAGUGCCACCCUCCGUCGCAAGUAUGACCGCGGUCUGCUCAUUGACGAGGACCUGCGCGGACCUGGCGUCAAGCCCUCCAAGAUGCCCACACGGGACGCCGGCUUUCCCCGUCCCCCGCCGGCCGCCUCUCGGGCCGGAUACGGCGCUCCGGGCGCUAACCGCACCAUUUUCGACUUCGACGCCUUCUACCAGGCGCACUACGGAGAACAGCUGGAGCGGGAACGGCGCCUGAGGGCCCGGCGGGAGGCCCUUCGCAAGCAGCAGGAGGACCGGGCCAACAAAGGCUUGCAGUGGGACCAGAUCCGAGACUCUGCUUUCAUUGUCGUUUUCCUCACAAUCUUUGCUGUCUUCGGCUUUCUUUCGUAUUUAAUCAGAGAAAGCAGGGAAGGGGAGCUUCCCCAGCCAGCCCUGAGUAAACGGCCUUUCACGUCUUCUGAACCCUUGGCCUGCGUUUGUCUACCUCUACUGGGGUCUGAAGGAACGCCCUGCCCUCCCCGACCUGCCCAGCUUAGCCCGUGACCUGCACGUCCCUCCCCUACU